GGAGCACCACACGUGAACAUUCCUCACUCACACACUCUCUCUCUCUCUCUCUCUCUCUCUCUCAAAAUGUCGUUGAUGGUUGCAACCGGAGUUGCUGCACUGAGCUACUGGAGCCCUUUCACAUUCCGGUCAAGCUCAGACAGCCGGCACAUCAAGUCAUCGUAUCCAACGGUGAAAAUGCAGACGCGCAUACACCGUCUAAUUGAAGAUCAAGGGAUAGUGCUGAUGCCAGGUUGCUACGACUCUCUCUCCGCCGCCAUUGUUCAAAAAACCGGUUUCAGCGCCGGUUUCAUCUCUGGCUACGCUCUCUCCGCAUCGCUUCUCGGAAAACCCGACUUUGGUUUACUCACGCCGCCAGAAAUGGCGGCGACUGCCCGGAUAGUGUGUGCUGCGGUUCCGCUCAUGCCCAUAAUUGCGGAUGCUGAUACUGGCGGUGGCAAUGCUCUCAAUGUUCAGAGGACCAUCAGGGACUUGAUUGCAGCUGGUGCUGCUGGAUGCUUUCUGGAGGAUCAAGCGUGGCCAAAGAAAUGCGGGCACAUGCGUGGCAAACAGGUUAUAGCUGCAGAGGAGCAUGCCACAAAAAUAGCUUCUGCUAGGGAUGCUAUUGGGGAUUCUGACUUCUUCCUUGUGGCUAGGACUGAUGCUCGUGCGACAUCUGCAAAAAAUGGUCUCUCCGAUGCCAUUUCAAGGGCUAAUCUAUACAUGGAGGCAGGAGCUGAUGCUUGCUUUGUGGAAGCGCCAAGGGAUGAUGAUGAGCUUAAGGAGAUUGGACGCAGGACAAAGGGGUAUAGAGUUUGUAAUAUGAUUGAAGGUGGGGUCACACCGUUGCACACACCAGAAGAGCUGAAGGAAAUGGGAUUUCAUUUGAUUGUUCAUCCACUUACUUCCCUGUAUGCCUCAGCCCGUGCACUGGUUGAUGUCCUCAAAACUCUGAAGGAGAAUGGAACUACUAGAGAUCACCUCCAUAAAAUGGCUACUUUUGAGGAAUUUAAUCAACUGGUUAAUUUGGAGUCUUGGUUUGAGCUUGAAGCACGAUAUUCAAAUUUCAAGAAUGGAAUUACAGUGAAAAGAUGAUCAGAAAAAGAGCAAUUCUUGAUCGUUGUUCCCAUAAACGUUGUUCAUGUUGGUUCAAAACUUGAGAGUUGGAAGUAAUUUGAGCAUUUCUGGCUUCCGAGUAAAUAUUUGUACUAGAUAGAAGAAUCUGUAAUUGGAGUUCGCAUGUAGGUGUUACGAUUAGGCUUCAACCACCUCCUUGGAAUUGAAUAAGUCCAUUCUUGUAGUAUAAUUAUUGUUUUCUUCCUUUGUUUUUUUGAUAUUUGAAAAAUUCCUCAGCUUUUA